GUAUGUACUUCGAUCAUGCUCCAGCGCUUACAAAGCCUCAAAACAGACUACCUUCGAACUCAGACUUUAUUGACAGAUACACAACCAGCACAAUAUCGGAGGAUUAUCAGAAACGCUUUCUAAAAAACUUGAAAAGGACGUUUUACUGAUAGGGUAUCUGCAGGGCUUAAGAUACUUCUUUAACAAUACCCUGCGACACAACAAUGUCGGUGGAUGAAGACAAACAAUUUAUGUAUCGGUAUGGCUGGCUUAGAUUUCGUCCGUCGUGGCUGCAGUUUCUCAACACUCCAAAAUGGUUUCUUUUUUCCUUGAGUCAGUAUUUUUUCACCCAAAGUAUCAUCGUUAAUGGCGUCUACCCGGGCUCGAUCAGCACGAUUGAGAGGCGGUUUGGCUUCUCCAGGUCAGUGUGAUUGUUUUUAAAAUUCGGUGAUUUGACUGUAAAUUGUAUGAAGUAAAUUCCCUGCAUACAACGUUCAUUGGCCCAUGUCCGAACCUUUACUAACGGACGCCUUCAUUAAGCGAAGGGAACAGCAACAAAAUCGAUGGCUUAUUCUACACGAAAUGUUUUCUACACGGAAGGUUUAAAUAAUGUUUUCAUUAAUCAAGUUUUCAGAACCUUAAAAACCUUUUUGCUCUUGUAAUUAAGUUUCAUUUUAUCUACACAAACAGCUACAUUGCAAAGGCUGGUGAUCAAUCCCUUUACUCUAUAUGCGGUAAACAGUUAUGUAAGCGCACCUGUGCUAAGAGACAUUCAGAGCGUGACUUGCGCGACCUUACCAGCUCUUUCCGAAUGCAGUACAGUGUUGCAUUACAGAAUGCCCUGGAAUGGGCUGCUACCCAUUAGUCUGAGCUGAGCGUCGCUGUUUAUCUAUCUUCAAACAUUUAACCUAAGAUUUUAAGUUUAUCAAUUGGGAACCCUGUCUGGACUCUCUCCUCCCGCAAGAAAUUACUUCAAGAUUAAUUCAAUCAAAUGCAAUUUUUAUGACGUUAAUCCUUUAACUGCCAAGAUCUGACUGUAAAUUCUCUUCCCUGGCUGCCACACAUUUUCAUUAUGGCUGUGAGUUCAUAGACAGUGAAUAAAUAUAUUUUAAAAAAUUACCGACCAUUUUGUUUAAUUGCGUUGGGAUACUAAAUUUCCACGUAAUUGAUAAACACAGUAGAUUUGAAAGACGCCAUUUAUCGUAUGUGAAACUCCUGCAGGGCAAACAUCUUCUUUCACUGCAUGGUUCCAUCUCUCGCAAAGAUUUCUUGUUGUUAUUGUUGUUGUUGUUGUUGUUGAGGGUUUACAAAAUUAAUCUGCUAACCUGGAGAACACCAGUUUUAAGAGCGUAACAGUUAAGUAAAUGUAGAGAUUCCUAUGAAAAUGGUUAUUCGCGUUUUCCCCCGAAUUUUGAGUUCUCGUUAGUUCCUUUGGAUACUUUUCUUUGUUCUAAGGUAUUCUCUCUUUUCGUAUUAGUUACAUGAUGGGCAUGAUAAUAAGCAGUUAUGACAUAGCAGCUACGAUCCUAACUCCGCUGAUCAGUUACAUCGGUGGCUCACGAAAGAAACCGCUGUUCUGUGCCUGGGGUUUGUUCGCUAUGGGAGUUGGAUUCUAUAUCUUCAUGUUGCCUCAUUUUGUUUCGCCUCCACUCGAAGCCACAGGUAGGCGCACUCGGAUGGGCAAAUUUAUAGUCAAUAAAUCAACGGAUUUUUCAUCAUUUAUUCUUUUCUUCAUUUUUUUCUCGACCUCUUUCACUACUUUUUGGUUUUUCUCAUAAAAAGUACUGCUAUAAAAGGACCUCUGCCGUCUUCUGUGAUCCGUUUUCUUUUAUCCUCAAGGGAAAAACUAUUCAGUCUUCUCAGACAGUAGAAUGUGAGUUUAUGCUCUCUUACCACAGAGAAUUUUUGAGCUGUACCAGAACUGAAAGACAUGAUAUAAUAAGAAUGUAAACGAUCUAUAUAUUUCCACCUUACAUCGUCUUUUUUUUUUGUUUUCACGCACCAGCUUUCAUUACAGACUCCAACGCAAGUAUUGAUGACAUAAGCGUCACUGACCCCAGACUUUGCUGGGCAAAUCGCACCGAUCAACUUGGAAAUAACCAAUGUAAAGAAGAAACCAAAGGCGGAAACACUCUCUACUAUGCGUUGUUCGUGCUGGGAAUGGUUGUUGCUGGAGCAGGUUGUACCCCAAUGUACACGUUGGGAAUCCCAUACAUGGAUGAGAAUGUCAAAGCUAAGGUGACGCCAAUGUACGUGGGCAUAUUUGCGGCUAGUGGGAUUCUUGGUAAGUUACCAUGGUAACUGGAAUUACAUUUCACACAUGGAGGCUGAACUAAGAAAAGUAAUUUUUGUCUCAAUGGAAAUUCUUUGUUAUUUUCUCAGGCGCUGCUGUCGGAUUUGUAUUGAUCUCCAGGUUUCUUUUGAUGUUCGUUGAACCUGGUGUCGAGACCUCUCUGACCGUACAGGAUAAACGUUGGGUGGGGAACUGGUGGAUAGGCUUUGCCAUAUUUGGUGCGAUCUGCGUGUUCUGGAGCAUUUGGUUACUAGGAUUCCCAAAGGAGUUUCCUCUGACAAAGAAACGACGAGAAUUGGAAGUAUCUCAAACAAAAACGGUGAUCGGUAAGGUAGGUAAAUUUUUUAUCCUUCUACGGUAAAAAGUAACACAGGAGUUGGAGGUAUUUCCCAAAAAGGAGUGAGUCCGUUUUGGUUUUUAUUGUAAAUCGAAUGAGUGCAGUGGAACCACGCUGAGUUGUUAUGAACAGUUAAGUGGACUAAGGUACCCGUAGAGACCCUUUUGAAGAUGAUUCAAAAAGAAGAUUUCUAAGAAAAAUAGUACUGAAGUUUUGGCUACCGUCCUUGUCUCAAAAACGCCCAUUUUUACGCUCUCUUUUGGAAAUUUCCUUAUGCCAGGGGAGUUUCACCCAGAGAAUGAGAAUGUCAAUCAUAGAAAAAAAAUCACAAAAAACUCGAAAAGAUUUCAACGCAAAACAAGAGGGUGCAGAUGGUCAGGUUGUUUAAAAAGGCACAGUUCCUAAGAGCAGCCUUCUAUACAUUCGCCUAGACUGCCGUGUUGUAUGCAUGAAUUCUUAGGCCUUUGUCUUAUAAAGAUCCUAAUGGUUGAUAUUGAUUUAAUUUUCCUUUUCAGUCUAACAAAGAACCUUUUGAUAAUUUAUUUCAUAGGAGAGGAGUGGAUAUUCGAGCCUGAGAGAUCUGCCUAAAGCCACAAAACUGGUAUUUUCAAGUCUCCCGUUUGUCUUCGUUACUCUGGGUGGCUGUUUGGAGGAGUUCGUCAUUGCAGUUUCCGCAGUGUUCAUGCCUAAAGUGAUUGAAGUUCAGUUUUAUCAGGCGCCAGAAAAAUCCGCUCUAAUUUACGGCUUGAUGGUAGUACCAUCUGCACUAGUUGGAAACAUUCUGGGUGAGGCGCGCCUCGAGCUAUAACCAAUCCAAAGAUCCCGGCGGGAAUCUCGCCCAAAACCCUGACGAGAUCUUAUUGCGACGUAACGACCGUGAACUCUGUUCUAGGCGUUCUAACCAAGUGCUUGCCACGAGAGCUAUAUGCUAUCGUCAUGCUAUCCUGGGCCGGGUCGUUCAAAGCUAGGUUAAGAUAACCCGUUGUUAGUGUGAAAUCUGAUUUCAGAUCUGAAAGCUUUAAAAGAAAAUUCAGUACAAUUUUUUUUUUGUCAACAAUUUUAUGAUUGGAUGCUUUAAAAAGAAUAGAGAAAUUUAUCAUCAAAAGGCUCAUGAACAAUGGAAUGAAGAAACCGGUAUUUAACUUUAUCUUAGUUUAGCGCUAAUCGGCCUUUGAACAACUAAUAUCAAAUCAAAUUCCGGUGCCUGGUACCUUUUUUCCCCCAAAUAUCAAGUCAUCACUGACAGAGGUAGUUUUCAAACAGACUUCAAUACUUUUUAGACAAUCAUUUAAGUUUUAUCCAGGAGUCACCUAUCUUGAUUGCAGGUUUAGUACAUCGUGAAUCAUAUCGUGAACUGCUGACCUAUUUUUUAUUACAGGGGCAUACAUUAACAAACGUCUGAAACUCAACCUGACCGGAGCCGCCAAAAUGUGUUUUCUUGUUAGUUGUUUUGGACUCGUUAGUAGCAGUAUGCUGUUCCUGAAAUGUGACACUCCAAGCAUAACGGGUGUUAAUACCCCAUAUCCCAACAGGUGAGAACAGAAAGAAAAAAAAAGCUUUCUUAUAAUAGUAGUAGAGAAAUAGUUGUUGGUAACUCGUGACUCUCUUGUAGGCAAGAGAAAGAAAAACUUAACCAAAUUGUGUGACAGAGAGCCGUAAAUGGAAAACACGCAACACUGAACCGACCUAUCGAUCAUCUUAUUUUCGAGAAGCACGAUUCGUUUGUCAAUUAACGCCCUAUAAUUCAAUUAUACUAUUGCCUAGCUUCUUUUAAAUGAUAAUGACAGAUCUUUAAUUUUAAAUAGCUCUGAUCCCCAUCAGCCAUCAGCACCAUGUAACCAGGCCUGUAACUGCAGUGGAGUGAGCUACUCUCCUGUUUGUGAUGGAUCGCUGAAAUAUUUUUCACCGUGUCACGCAGGCUGCAGAAAAGCGAAUACGACGAGCAAGGUAUAAUAUAUGGCAUAUGGCGUACCCUAAAACGAGUUUCUAGCGUUACUUUAUUUAUUUGUGAUAAGCUGUGCUAGUAACUGUCAUUUUUGUGUUGAUUUUGAGAAGAAACUCUUAACUGUGCUAAAUAUACGCCACUUAUCUUAAACAUGGAGUGUACACAGGCAGUAUUUUGGGGAAAUAUGUCGAUGACCUGAUAAAACUGUUCUGAUUUUUUCAAUAUGCUUUAUUUAAGGGUCCGAUUCUUUACUCUGACUGCGCCUGCGCCGUAAAAUCUGGAUACAACUCUGGAAACUUGAAAAUGGGUAACUGUGGCGAUGACUGCGGACUCAAGUUGAUGUUAUUUAUGGCAUUUUUGACCCUGGUCUCGCUUCUUACGUUUAUGAAUUUCACUCCGGCGUUCAUCGUCACAUUAAGGUUUGAUUGUGCUCUACUUUAACCCUUUAACCUCCAAGAUAUGAUUUUUUUAUUUCCCCUCGAGCUAAUGUUGCCCAAUGGGGUUCUCGUAACUAAUUUUUAAGCCUUGAAAAUUAGUUACGAGAAUUCCAUUGGGCAAGUGUGGUAGGUAGACUGAGGUGUAUGCUUACCAGAGUCUGUCAAAAGAGCUUACACUGUAUUUAGAAUAACAGUAUUUAUCAUCACAGACAACGUAUCUCAAAAAGAAUGUCAAAUUAACCCGUUGCGAAGAGGAAGGCAAAUAUUUCAGUUCUUGAACUGUAAUCGAGCCCUUGACUUUUGGUAUACGGUUUAGACUUCCUAACCAAGAAGCUACAGGAAACUCGCAGGAAACUGGGCCAACCUGUACACCAGGUUCUUGUAUGAUACGCACUGUACACUGUUAUGGUUAUAAGAGUGUCCUGUGCAAUAUCUAUAACUUUGUGAUCUCGGUGGUCUAAUUAGAAAAUGCAUGUUUUCAUUUCAGGAGUGUACUAACUGGCCAGCAGUCGUACGCGUUAGGACUCCAGAAUGACCUCAUGAGGAUCUUUGGGGCCAUCCCAGGACCUCUUGUAUUUGGAGCCCUCUUGGACAAGACAUGCAUACUUUGGAGCUCAAGGUACUCAUUUUAGAGUCUACUGUGUAACAAGGUUGAGCUGGUAGAAAUACUUUUCUUCAGUGGUGAAAAUUUUCGUGUGUUUUUACACGGCGCUGUAACUGCGAUCAGCAGGCCGAAGUUUACCUUCCCUUCUUCCGCAGAGGAAUGGCAAUUUUCCUAUAGCUUUCUUUGAGUCGUCUCUCUGCCUACUCUGAUUUUAGAAUCAAUGUCCCAGAGCCAUUUCAAAAAAUACCCGCCAGGCUGUUAAGAAAUCACAGGUACCUGUGGCCAUAUCGGUUGCGAGUCUCUCUGUGUAGUGUGGUUACGAUAGUUAAUAUAAUCCUCUGCUAAAGAGGUCUUUGUAAGGUCUAAAAUGGCAAUAAAGAUGAUCAAAAUUUAUUCCGAGCUAAAGAGAAUCUCUAUUCCUCUUCCUUUAGUCGAAACUCUCCCUUUUAGUCGAAAAUCUGAGCAGUGCGGUGUCCAUGCAUAUGAACAGGGACCGCACUAAGAGAGGAGCAGGGGGUGGGGAGUGGUUUCUUGAUCAGCCACAAGUGUACAAAAUCCAAAAUCAGCCUAUAUAGUCCAAAAUUUAAAAACGAGCCAAUGUCCAAAGUAUAUAAUCGGCCGAUAUAGUUCGAACAUUGAAAUCGACAUAAAGUGUCAAAAAUCCAAAUAACAGUCAGUGGUAUCUAAAAUCCAAAAUCGACCGCUAGUGUCCAUGAUCCAAAAACGGCCACUAGCGUCCAAAAUCCAAAAUCGACCGCUAGUGUCUAAAUCCAAAAUCGGUCACUACUGUCCAACAUCCAAAAUCGGCCACUGGCGUCCAAAAUCCAUAAUCGGCGACAAACGUCCAAAAUCCAAAAUCGACCACUUGUUUCCAAAAUACAGAAUCGACUAUUAGUCUCCGAAAUCCAAAAUCGGCAACUAGUGUCCAAAAUCCAAAAUCCAAAAUCGGUCACUAGUGUCCAAAAUCUAAAAUCCAAAGUCUGGCACUGGUGUUCAAAAAUUCCAAAUCAGCCACUACUGUCCAAAAUCCAUAAUCGGCCACCAACGUUCAACUUCCGAAAUGGGCUAGUAGUAUCGAAAAUCGGCCAGUAGUGUCCGAAAUCCAAAAUCCAAAAUCGGCCAUUAGUGUCAAAUAUCCAAAAUCGGUCACUAUUGUCCAGAAUCCAAAAUUGGUCACUGGUGUCCAAUAUCCAAAAUCGGUCACUAGUGUCCAAAAUCCAAAAUCGGUCAUUAGUGUCCAAAAUCAGGCUAUUUGUGUCCAAGCACUAUUGUCCAAAAUUCAAAAUCAGGCACUCGUGUUCAAAAUUUUAAAUUCAAAAUCAACCAGGGUUCAAAUAUCGGCCAUUCAUGUUCAAAAUCCAAAACCAGCCACCAGUAUCCAAAAUUGGCCUCUCUAUCUACUCUGAUUUGAGUACCAAUAUCCUAGAGCUGUUUCAAAAAAUACCGUUACCCGCGGAAUCCCAGUUAUUUUUGGAACUUCAUUGCAACCCUUGUGUAUCCUGCUAUGAUUAGCGGUGGACAAUAAUCUUUAUAAGGUCAGAGAAGUCAUCUGUUGUGUAGAUGGGGUCUACAGCUCAAUGCCAGUGAAUUCUGAACCAGUGUUCUUUCGGUUCUACUUUAAGGUGCGGUGACACGGGGUCAGUUUGCCUUGAAUACGACCAUGAUGGGCUGGCUCAAGUUCUGCUCGCAGUGAUGACUGGCUGCAAACUUAUCACCGCUAUAAGUUUUUUUCUGAGUUGGUUCUUUUGCCGGCGACCACAAGGAAGAGAAGAGAUUAUAGUUGGGACAAAUAAGAAAGAAAACGACGGAGAAACUUCAUUGUGGUACGAAACAGUCAUCUACUGAGGACUAUGUUUCUAGACGCUUAGAGAAACAAUCUAUAUAUCCGUAUCCAUUAGAUAGAAUGAUAGAUACACAGGUACACGAAGAGGAAGAUUGAUGUGAAAGCACUUUAAUGAUGUUUGCUAUCCCAUCGUCCUUUUUUCAAACUGAGCUGAUUUCUUGUAAAGGAUCAAGGAAACGGCUCAGUUUGGCCGUAUCUUGUUUGAACAUUUCUUCAGACUCAAGGUGACAAUUGACUUUCUCCUGAAUUGAUAAGUAUCUUGCGAUUUGUCGUUUUUCUAUCAUGAGGCGGAUUAUUUGAAAUAAUGAGCCUUCCAAUUCAACUGAAAAUACUUAUAGCUUUUAUCGCAGUCGAAGCGCUCCACCACGGCCGACGUGCAGACAUAAAGGAGUGGCCGUCGCACAGAGCUGGACAUUACAGGGAGCUAGAGGUUCAGUAUGACACUUAUCUCGCACCAUUUGUUCAAGGGUUACUACAUAAAUGCUUCUCGUGUAACAGAGAAAAACGUAAUACGAUCACAAAGUAUCAGAAACACCCCGUUCAGUAUCAAAGCUUUAAGUUCGGAGAAAAAAAAAAUUCAAGAAAACAACUAGCCUGAGAGGGAGUGAGUCUUCCACUUAGAGUCCAUUACGAACGUAAUAUUUUCACUGUAAUGAAUUAAAGCUGUCAAUUAAUUUCUGCAUUAAAGAGUUUUCUUCAUCAAUUGCAAUCGUCAUUAACUGGUCAUCAUAGGAAGGUUACAUCUUGAUUGGGACGCAUUGUUCUGACCGUUGUCGUUUCGGGUUAAAAUAAGAGGAAAAAGGCUGUUGCGGGUAAGUUGCCAACAAGUCGCUGUUUUUCGAGUCUCGAUUGUACCUCUAUCAUAAAGUUUCGUGACCUGUUCUCGCCAGGGUCUUCCUUUCCCGGUUUUUUAUUUUAACUAAUCUAACAUCCUCGAGACAACUCAGCGAUGAAUGUCAUUGGCUUACAGACUGGCCUACUUGUCAAGAUCAAAAUGGAAAACAGAUGUUUGAUUCAAUGAUUGGCUCUUCCGGUGCUGUCAACAUUACGUCUCACCUCCCUAUUGUUUUCCAAUAGCAAGCUGCGUUAUUUAAUACCAGUACACUCUUUUGCAUGUGAUUUUCACAUCUCAUCUGGUUAAGUUUGUCUAUUCCUGACUUCUCGGUUUGUCCUUUCAUGUGACAGCGAAACUUAUCAUUAGGAACGUCACGGUGAUAAUUCCCCUCAAAUUAGUAUCAAACUCGAGCUUGUUACUAGAAGCAAUGAAAGUUCUUCUUCAAAACAAGGAGUUGUGGGAGAGAUUCAGACAACAUCAGACAGAGAUGAUGAUCACAAAGUCCGGAAGGUAUGGCAGAGUUGUAUUCUAGUCUGAGUUGUGAGAAAGCUCUCUUGAUCUGGGGACAAAGGAUGUUUGAACUGAGAAAGGUCGCCUCUGUCGAUCAUUUCGACUCAGAAAAGCCUCUUAAAUGAGCCUAUUCGCAGUCUGUUAAUCUCCAUACUGAUGCGAAAAUUUAUCCCCGCUUUCAGUUUUAAACUUUUGAACACCAGAUUCGAGAGGCUAACUUAAAAACUCGUUAUCUUGGUUCCUUAAUCUCCAUGUGUGUGGGUGUGCUCUCUUAGUCUCAAACUCUCAAGGAAGGUAUACAAGAUGGAUAAUAUUGUUUCUGUACACAACUGACAACUGACUGGAACUGUCUAUGAAUAGUCUGAAUAAGACGCGUAAUCUAGUGUGAGCACCUCACUUCUCUGUAUUACUCCUUAACUGGAGUUUUUACAAAACUUAGAGACCGAAUGUUUUCGAUCAAUCAGUAUCGUCUGAUCGCAGUUCAUGUGUAUCUCACCCGCCUUUGCGGCUAAGUAAAAUUAUUAUGUAAGGGUUUUAAGCCUUGGACGGCUUUUAGUAGGUACGUGACCAAUUAUUAAUGAGUGCAAUGUUACUUGUCACUUCUGCCAUCACACGUUGGUGAAAGUUGACAGAUUAUCUCCACUGAGCUUGCAUAAUGCAGGCAAAACUGAAAUGAUUUCGUUCACAGCUUGAAAGAUUUAUUGGCAUUAACGCUUCCUUAUUUCAAUAAACACCGAGAGGAUGACCCUCGAAAAGUUGACACGGGGUUAUUUCAAGUUUGGACUCGAAGAAUUUUAAUUAUCACAAGGUGCCCUUAUUGCUGUCAGGUUUCGCACCAUCACCGAUCCCCUGAAAAUAUGAUGACAACAGACGGGUCACAUCUGCUUUGUCGAGGUGAUGUCAGCGAUGAAAGAUAAAAACCAGACACCGCGCUAUUUUUAAACGAGACACAAAUGAAUUAUUGGCACUUAUUAAACAACAAGGCUUCAAUACCUAUCUAUUAUGCAACAAAUGACAAAAAAAAAAUCUAUGGACGUUACACAACAAUCAUUGGAGGCGACGACAGAACUACAGCCUUCAAACGCUCGCUUAUGAGUGGAAAUUGCUUUAAUUUUGACGCCAAUUUGAAUUUGAAGGAGAAAUACGUGAAACUUAUCUAUAAUUUGGAGUUAACUUCCCGACGACUGUAUCGCAAAAAAAAAAUUAGGAUAAGAGAACUUUUCCCCAUUAGUAUUUCCAAGUGCAUGCUCAUGAGUGGGGAAAAUCAUGUUAACUAAAAGCAACAUAUUCAAUUGUUAAGAGCUUCGAUUGAAAAUAAAAAUGAUUUUUACUAUACAAUUUAAAGGAACAAAAUUACUUAAAAAAAUUAUUUAACUAGACAUUAUCGGAGCUAGAAAUUCUUCAGGAGAUCCUUUACGCAAAGUCAAUGAAAUCGUUUGAGACGAAUCGAGUAAGGAAAAGAUCCUUGAGAUUCGAUAGAUCGCAUGCGAUCACGUGGCAACCUUAUGUUCACGUUUCGAGAAGCUCUAUUUUCGAUGUCUGUGGGAAAGGUAAUUAACGAAGCUUCAAGUGACUUGACCUUUUGCUCUGAGUCAUGGCAAGGAAAAUAUUCCUUGGAGCCGAGGAGCCCAAUGAGACCUCAUAAUAAAAACAAGCGCACUGCCCUAAGCUCAGGAAAACGCGAGUGACCAAAUAGCGAUUCUUUUUAGUUUUGAGUUUGAUUGGUUGAGAAAGUAGCGCGAGUUUUCUGGACCAAUCACAUAAGGAAAUAAAGUAAACCCAAAGCAAUCCCAGACGAUUUUCGACGCUCAAUUAAAAUUACUUUAAUUUCGACGCCAAUUUGAAUUUUCCAGAGAAAUCCAUGGAGUUUAUCUACUAUUUGUUGUUAACUUCCGACGACUGGUUCGCACAAAAAAAUUAGGAUUAGGGGAACUUUUCCCCAUAAGUAUUUCCAAGUGCAUCCUCCUUAAUGGUAACCAAGAAUAGUGCUUUGGGCUUUGGUCAAGUGUCUCCGCGCCCACAAAGUCAAACUGUUACUCGCUUCCAUCAAAUUUUACAUCUUCAAAAUCAAAAGUUUAAAGUAGCUGGGUUUCAAACUUGUCAAUUAAAAGGAAGAACAUUGUUAAUUGUCGGAAAUGUCCGCACACAUCAGUUAAUUCCUAGAUUUUACUCGGUGGAAAUGGAAAAAAAAGCACGAAAAAAGGCAUGAAUGGCUGUUUUAACUUGAUUCAUCUAAUCAUCCAGUUUUAACUUUCACUUGAGCCUUUCAACUUGUCUCUUUUUGUGCGGAUGAAAAUCACAAAUUGCAUAUGUUGCAUGAUGAUUUGUGUUCUCGGCUCUGCCUUUUAUCUCUUUGUAGGCGAAUGUGUCCAGUUAUCUCACUGAAAUUCGAAGACCUUACUCCGAGAAAAUUUUACACAGUUAUGAUAGACUUUGUAUUGAUGGACGAGUUCAGAUAUUCCUUUGACGCGGGAACUAAUACCUGGCUACCGUACUGUCGCGAGAUGCCGGUUGAGGAAGGCCGCGCUAAAGUGUUUGUUCACGCGGAAACGCCCUGGAAUGGAGCUACUCUCAUGACAAACGGGCUCACCUUUAAAACGCUGAAGCUCACAAACAGUCCUAAGACGGCGGAGAAAUCAUCACAAGUAAGGGUCUUUUCGAACGCAUUUCGAUUGGGGAGAAAAUGAGACCUCAAAAUAAAAACAAAAAGGCAAACUGUCUAAAGUAGGGAAAUCGUGAGCAAUAAGGCUGUGAUUGGGUUUAAUUUUGGAUUUGUUUGUGUGAAAAAGUGGCACGAGUUUAGAGCUAAUAAGAUACAAGAGCAAGAGCAAAUUACAAUUCAUGACUGCUUUUGGAACAGAGGGUCACCAGGUCAUACGCGUUUCACGUGCUUGAUUUCAGUAAGGUGUUCUCAUUGGCUCCCUGUAGAUAGCCUCACCUGGAAUAAGAACGGAAGUUUUUUUUUCUCGAAAGGUCUGAAUAAAGGCCAACCUCGACCCACUGUUUUGAGUGAAAGCCACGUAGGGACGGAUAGUGUGGAAUUUUCUUCCCAGAAGAAGAGGAAUGGUAUUUCAGUCUAGAGCGAGAUUUUACUAUGCUGACGUCUUGCUAAAUAGAAUUACAAAUUAGAACUACAGAUAGAACCACAAACUACUUCAAAGCAAUGUAGUGCCAUUGCAAACUUCCUCAUUGCCCCCCUCUUUCCUUCCAUUUUCUCUUGGCGUAAGUGAUGUGUUUGUCCUUACUACAGGCGAUUCUUCUCAGCACGAUGCGGCGUUACACACCCCGUAUUCACGUACUAGAAAGUCCCAAUGGAAUUUACUUUGAUUACAAAUUGAGGAAAGAGUUCUAUUUCUCUGAGAUGGAAUUCAUAGCCGUGUCUCAAUACAGAAACAAGAAUGUAAGUUCAUGCUACUAUCUUUGAGUGUUGAGUCGAUUGAUAAUCAAUUUGUUGUUAAUUUUGAAUUAGGAUGUGUUUUUUACAAAUCUUUUGUUUAAUCAUGCUUAAGUUUUUCCAUUUUAACCUGAACUCUACAUAUACUCAUGAUACUUUCCUAGUAUAGAUACUUGAGCUUCCCGGCAAGACGAAUUUAAACAGUAGUCGGGUUGGCACUACUGAGAGUAAUAUGAGUUGCUGCAACCCCAACCCUAACCUUCACGAACAGCUUAACAGAUUGCACAUAACUUGAAAGGCCUCAGUGACAGACUUCUCUACUUUCGUUUUUAAGAUCACUAAACUCAAAAUAGACGCCAAUCCAUUUGCGUCGGCUUACAGAAGAGACGGAUUACAUGGUCAAGCUAAAAGGUAUGUUUUGUUUCGUAUUUGCAAGUUUACGAUGUUGCCCGGCACUCCAGUUGUGUAAUACUCAUACUCAGAUGAGAAAGUGGUUCUUGCUAUUCGUGGAGGUAAAAAAGAGAGUGAAUUUAAACGAUACCAAAGGAUUAACUGUGUAUAUGGUCUUAAUUAUCCAAGAGAAAAAUGUUCGCAUGCGAGGCGCUCUUCGGCUAGAGGAGGUUUAUCUAAACUGAAUCGCGAGCGUGCUUAGGCUUCCCCGCCUCUUACUACCAUGCCAACGUUUAGUCCCAUGUUUCCUCUCAUAAAUAUGCUCACGUGACAAUAGACGCCGCAUGGAAGGUCAGGUUGUAUGCGAGGAUGAGAGAACCUCAGAUGAUGGUCCGCCGUCCAAUAGUUCAAGUGUCCAGGAUUCCAUCGUCAACGGAGACGAAUUGGAUAAAGAAAGUAACCUAUCCUCUUCAAACGAACAUCCGGAAGAAUCUUCGCCAGAAGAAAGCUUCAUCUCUGACGAGCAGCAAUUGCAUGGGAGACACUUACUCUCACCCAGUCAGGAAGGUAUGAAGCAUGGUACCAUUACCUAGUUGAAAGGAAAGGUAUCUUCAUGAAAUCAACUUGUUGCAAUUUAGAAUUUCUGCAAGUCAGCUUUGCGUUCGCGCUGCGUUAUAUGGUUUCUGGUAGAAAACACCAUUUUCAAAUUCCAACGUUAAGCUCCGUUGUUUUCAGUCUUGAUUCUGCUUUUGUACAGGCACGGAAAGAAUAGACUUAAGUUACCUCACAAUUCAAUUAAAGCUUUAUCGUUUUAAACAACUAUUUUGCUAUGUUAACAAGUGAUGGUUGAAAACUUCGUUGAAAAUGCUAUGACAAACCUCUUGAUGUAACGAGUUGUUAUUACAACCAUAAUUAUGUCCGUCUAAGACAAUUAUUUCCUGUUGUAAAUGCUAACAACUCCAUGUAAAGCGAACUUGGUAACGCCUAAAGUUUACUUUUAAAUCUACAUGCUAAAUGCUUCAACAAGUUUUACAAAGUUUUGUUGAUGAGGCUCAGAGGCUGCAUGAAUAUGCACAAAUUUUAAAGUUACCUUGACCCUCAUCUCAUCACGUACAGCAGGAAUUUUCCGGAUAGGCGAUAUUCUUUUUUUUCCUGAAAGUAUUCAAGGAAUUUUUAGGUAUACUUUACUUUUACUGUGGUACUCUUAUAAUAUUAAAACAAAAUUUCACACCUCAAUUAAGACAGGGUAAGCUAGUCCUCUAUAGCACAAGCAGAGUAAACUGUUAUAGGCAACUUAAAUUUUUUUUUCUCUGUUUGAUCACAGGAAUCAGUAAAGCUGUACCAGAGGUAACCAGCUUAACUCAAGCCGAGUUAAAUAUCCAGGAACAGUCGGGAGUGAUUAGCCAGGAAAAACUAUCCACUGUGUCACUAGUCAAUCAAAAUCAAACCCCAAGUGAAACUAGUGACAGUGAGUCGAAGCUAAUGUGUGAAGAAUCCCGUGAGUGGAUAUGGGGAUUUGACCAACAGAUGUUGGUGAGACAUGAAUUCGAAAACUUCACUGAAGGAAGUCAGAUAACCAGCCAUGAGAUUCGAUUGCAAAACAACUCCUACGCUAAAGAGCCCUUCUGCGAUGAAACUAAAGCAAGCGUGAACAGGAGGAAAAAGUACGUGCCAAGAAGGUUUCAAAGAAGGGACGAUCUAUCCUCAGUAAACACCCGUUUAGUUUCAAAGGACAAGGAACAAACAAUCGAGGGUGAAGCAGUGGAUAAAAACAAUUUGAACAAAAAGGGCGCUAAGUUACCACAACUGAGUAACACCAAUAGCGCGCAAGAUACAAGACAAUCUGAAUUUUCCAGGUGCUCAGAAGAACUCGGAAGGACACCUAACGAGUGUAACAGUUCACAUCAACCAGAGACACUCAGUUCUUACGUAGAUGCGGUAUUGCCAUCCAGUGUAAGGACUAAAACAGGAGUUUUGUUUGUGAUUGGUCAGAACGCGUCACAAUCGGUGAGUAUUCAAGCUGAAGAACCAUUGGCCACUGUUACCAGUUCUUCUUCAAGGACAGAGGUCCUUACAGGCUCUUCUCUUGAUGCAUUGAUUGCGUUGUGUUCAAAAGCUGGGACAAAUACGUUGGGCAACCGAGAUUCAACCGAAAUUGUUAAUAGCCAAACAGUUAACAUUGCUUCAUUAGAAGCAACUAACGAAUUAGUGCAUUCAAAAGGUAGCGACUCUCCUUUGUGUAAAGAAACAGAAGAAGCAUCGAUAAAUUCUUCCAUUCGCCAGCGUUCUGCAGAAUCAAAUUGUACCACCUUAGUGUCUCUGACCCCUCAGACUGAUAAGCAAAAGACUGUAGGGUCCUGUGUCUUUCCAAUGUCGUCUCAUUGCAGUGGACGUGCAUCAACAUCCCAUGCAACAGUAACUACUUUUGCGGUCAACAAGAGUAGCGGGAAUACUCUCAUUACCGACUUAAUAAAUGAGACACCGAAAGUUACCGACACCUACCGACAGUCGCCGACAGUUACGGUUGAAUGUCGGGCGGGCGCCACCGUGGUAACAAAAUCUUGUGUCGAAAAUCCUAUCCCUGUGAUUGUUGAAACAUAUUCUAGAUCUCAUUUGUCGAAUGGUUCCAAGUGUGAACAACAACUGGACAGAAAACAAACGCGAUACAAACGCAUCGCUCCUGCUCCAAGAAAGUCAGUAAACGCCAGUUUAGAUGAGCCCGCGUGCACUGCUUCUGUAAGUAGUAGUGGUUGUGAUGGCGGCGUUCUUUAUCCCAAAAUACUGGAUUCUUUCACUCUGGCAAACUGUAAUGGACCCAGUGCUGCAGAGAAGUCAUCACCUUUACCAAAUUUGUAUUUCAUUCCACCCUGUAACUCAAACCUGCCACAAAUUAAUCAAGCUUAUGCUUCUUCGCCAUAUUUUGGUGUUACACCUGUGGACAACAACUUUAUGCAGGAAUUUAGGUUAGAGAAAUUCUACUCGCUUUCUUCAACAAGAGAACCCGUGAAGUCUCCUGUACGACCACAGGCUCGCUACUACAAAACAACUCGCACGAACUUUAGCCGACUAAGCUUGGAACCGAUCUGUAGCGUGAUUCAUCCGCUUGAAGGCUUUAAACGUCCUUCUUUAUCUGAUAAUUCUGCCAUCACUGAAGUUUCGGCUCAAAGACCAUGGGGAUGGCGGAGUUGA